GUCAAAACAAUUUCCAUUUUGCAAUUUCUGUAAAAGUGAAAAAAUGUGUUUAGCUUCUAUUUAACAAAUUUAUAAUAAAACUAGGUAUUUUUUAAAAAUAUUUUUAAGUAAAAUGGUUGUGUGCUCAGCUGAACACGGCGUCCAAGCAGACGUUAUUUUUUUAAUAGAAGGUACAGCUGUAAAUGGUGCUUACAUAAAUGAUAUCAAAACAAACUACAUCAUACCUUCUCUUGAGUAUUUUAGCCAGGGGAAUAUAGAUGACACGAAUUAUGUAUCAGAAAAUGCCAAUUCUCUCUAUGGUAUAGUGAUCUUUCAAGCUGCAGACUGUUUACCACAUUUAAGUACUGAUACUUUCGGCCCCUUUAUAAGCCCUACAAAAGUAUUAUCAGCGAUAGACAAGUUAGAUUUAGUAGGUGGUAAGGGUGAGUCUCAUUCAAACAUAGCUGAGGGUUUAGCAACUGCCUUGUACUGUUUUGAGGAGCUGCAGCAAAAAAGGGAUGCUACAGCACCUGUCCAGAAGCAUUGCAUUCUCAUAUGCAAUUCACCCCCUUAUUUGUUACCAGUUUUAGAAUCUCACUCAUAUUCUGGCAAAACAGCAGAACAAAUGGCUACUAUUUUACAGGAGAAAAAUAUCAAUUUUUCCGUAAUAUCUCCAAGGAAGAUUCCAUCAUUGUAUAAAUUGUUUGAGAAGGCUGGCGGCGAUUUAACUUCUUCACAAACUAAGAAUUAUGCUAAGGACCCAAGACAUCUGGUUUUAUUGAAAGGAUUUAGUCUUAAAGAAAGGCCAGUCAGUCCGCCACCGGGUACAUCCACUUCGAGUCAAACUCAAAUUACGAAUUCUGGUAUGGCUACAAUGACUUCACUACCGAGUCCGUUGCCCGGUAGCGAUAGUCCAAUUCCGGGAACCCCACAACCUAAUUCCAACAUUUUAGUCAACACUACGGUCGGAGUGGGGCCGAACGUGGGCCAGAGUAACGUUUACAGACCUCCAGGGGCGCAAGGCGUGGGCGUUGUAAAUGUUUCAGGCGGCCGCAUGUUAGCGAGCAACCAAAUGCCGAUGAUGCAAGUCAACGCACCGCCUGGAUACGGUCACGUUAAUAGGACGUCACCGCAUUGGACUAUGCCGCCUCCGGUGCAGCAAGUCAGACCUUACAUACCGCAAAGUAAUCAAGUAAACACCACACAAGGUAGCGCUUUAAUCGACCAACUUACACAGCCGCCAUUUUCGAUAUCCGGCGCUGGAGUCAAUCAAUUCGGAUCUCCUAUGCAAACUUCCAUGGCUCAGAACCAAUCGAAAAUACAGACUUCGAUGCCUCAAGUGUCGCAGUCCAAUGCUGUUGCUACCUCUCAAGCUCAGAUGCCUCAAGGAGUACAAGGGGUGCAAGGUCAGUCCCAACAGAUACGAGAGCGGCACACUAUUUGGCAGGGCCUUUUGGAAUGGAUAGAAAAACCGAAAAAUGCUACGGAUCAGCAAAAAAUCACGAAACACGUCCCAUGUCAAGUAUCGGCCAAUUCUAAAGAUGGAGAACCGGAAUUGAAAGCCGAUGGUUGGCCACAAAAAUUAAUAAUGCAAUUGAUGCCCAAACAACUUAUUGGAAAUAUCGGAGGUGCUUAUUUGAAGAAUUCCAAAUCGGUCUUGUUCCAUCCUCAACCUUGCGAUGCUCUGGAGUCGCUUACUAGAGUAAUGAGUUCCGGUUUUGCAGGUUGCGUCCAUUUCACGUGCGUCCCGCCGUGCGACAUAAAAGUCCUAAUUUUAUUAUACACAGCCGAUAAAAAAGCUUAUCUAGGAUUUAUACCCAACGACCAAGUCGCGUUCGUAGACAGACUUCGAAAAGUCAUCCAACAACAAAAAUCCACGCAACAAAUGCGACAGGGCGGUCCGGGAACUCCGAACAUCAAUCCGCAAGUGGGCCAGGUGGGCGGUUCACCGCAAAUGUCCGGAGCCAAUCCGAUAACCUCGCAAAACAACCAACAAAACAUGAUGAUCUCGCCCACUAAUACGCUUUCGAUGGGCGGCGGGCAAAUCACUCAAAACGUCAGCACGUCCUCUCAACCCGGCCAAGGCAUGGGCGGGAUCAUUAACCAGAACGUGUCGCCGGGCGGGAUGAGGCCCAAUAUAAGGAUGCCUGGAAUACAACAAGGCGGCAGCGGCCAACAGCAAAUGCAACAACCCAACAUGAUGCAAAACCAAGUGCAAACUAACGCGCCGCUCGAGAAUCAACUGGAAGCGGAGCGACGGCACAAUUUGGAGAAGAUCAAUCAAUUGAAGCAGACUUUGGAGGCGGCACAACAACAGGAGAGGCAGUACAAGAGCCAGUUGGAGAGGAUCAGCCAUAUGAAGACGUCGCAGUUGGAGCAGGCGUUGCAGGCGGCUCAGCAGACCGAAAUGCAUUAUAAGAUGUUGGAAAAUCAACAAAGACAACAAAUCGCUUCACAAAGCGUUCAAGGUGCUCCUCAAUCUGCUACAGCUCAAUCUCAGCAGCGACUCAUGAGGCCUGUUAUGUCGAAUAAUCCUGGACUUAGACAUCUUCUGCAGCAGCAACCGCAAUACAGGCAACUGAUCAACGUGCAACAAAUGGGCGGUAACGGACCGAGAACUCAAAUGGGCCAACCCAUGUCCAAUCCGGGCGGUGCUCAGCAAAAUUCGUUUGACGAAGUCGGUAAUUUCGAUUUUAUGUAAAUUUAAAUCGAUCAGAAUAUUCUGGAUG